AUGGCGAAGGCAGACCAGCGUUUCGGCCAGCGGGACGGCUCCGACCAGAACUUUGACUACAUGUUCAAGCUCCUGAUCAUCGGCAACAGCAGCGUUGGGAAAACCUCCUUCCUGUUCCGCUACGCCGACGACUCCUUCAGCAACUCCUUUGUCAGCACCGUGGGCAUCGACUUCAAGGUGAAGACGGUGUAUCGCAACGACAAGAGGAUCAAGCUGCAGAUCUGGGACACGGCAGGACAGGAGCGUUACCGCACAAUCACCACGGCCUACUACCGCGGUGCCAUGGGCUUCAUCCUCAUGUAUGACAUCACCAAUGAGGAGUCCUUCAACGCCGUCCAGGACUGGGCGACUCAGAUUAAGACGUACUCAUGGGACAACGCCCAGGUAAUCAUGGUGGGCAACAAGUGCGACAUGGACGAGGAGAGAAUCGUGCCACUCGAGAAAGGAAAGCACCUCGCCGAACAGUUAGGCUUCGAGUACUUUGAGGCGAGCGCCAAGGAGAACAUCAACGUCCGGCAGGUCUUCGAGCGCCUGGUGGACAUCAUCUGUGUGAAGAUGUCGGAGCGCGUGGACGUGGAGGUGCCAGCGGCCCCCGGCACCAAGACCACCAGACUCACCGACAAGCCCGCCCAGCUACCUCAGAAGUGCUGCUGA